CUGAGAAAUAAAAACAAAUUUGGGGAAGUACUUACAGCUCUAAGAAUUGUGAAAUGAAACAGUUGAAACGAUUCCCUGGUCUCCCAGGUAUAAUGGAGCGUAUGGGAUAUCAGGCUUUAGCGAGCACAUGGGAAGAUGAGGACGACAUUAAUUCUAGUCUGUUCAAUUCCAACAGGACAGUUUCAAUUCGUAUCGAAGGGAUGACGUGCAGUAGUUGUGUGAAUAAUAUUCAAUCAAAGGUAGGAAAUCAACCUGGUGUGGACACUAUCACAGUUUCUCUUGAGAAUGCUUUGGCGGUGGUCAGCUACGAUCCUUCGGUGACAGAUCCAGACACCAUUGCAGAUUGCAUUGAGAAAGUGAAUCCAAAUAAAUUCCAAGCUUUCCUUCAACAGAGAUCACCAGUUAGAGAUCCUAAGAAAAAGUCUAAGAUGGCUUCGAAAGGUUACUCUGUAGCACGUGUACAUGUGGACGGAAUGACUUGCGGCAGAUGCGUGAACUAUAUUGAAUCCAAUAUGGCGGAGAUCCAAGGGGUUCACCAUAUUAAAGUCGACUUAGAGCAGAAAGAAGCAACUGUUUCAUUCGACCGGAGCGUGUUGACCAGCGUGGCUGUUGCAAUGCUAGUAAAUGAUGUUGGAACAAAGUUCACCGCCAGGCUCAUUUCGGAAGUUGGAACUCUGACAAUAGAUGGUAUGACUUGUCAGUCGUGUGUACGAAAUAUUACCGGUAAACUAACCGGUCUCCAGGGAGUGUACAACUGUUACAUCACGUUAGAGGAUAAAGAGGCAGUUAUCGAAUUUAACAGUGAAAUGGUUAGUCAAGAGGAUUUAAUGGAAUUCAUAAAUAAAAUAUCAGACAAAUUUACAGCAUCUCUUCCUUCUCCAGCUUGUGCAGUACAGAUAGAUUUAAUUGAUGGAUUAGAUGGCAAUUCUGUUUCAGCUGUACAACCAUAUCAUACAAAUAUAGCAGAGGAUAACUCAGAAAUCAACAAAGCAGAUUAUCAAAAAUGCUUUUUUAGAGUAAAUGGGAUGACAUGUGCAAGUUGUGUUGCUGCAAUAGAAAAACAUGUGAAGAAAAUAGAUGGGGUUGGAAGUGUAAUGGUUGCUUUGAUGUCGGCGAAGGCAGAAGUACUGUUUGACCCUGCUGUUCUUCAGCCGAAAGAUAUUGCACACUCUAUAGGUUUACUAGGGUUUCCAACUCAAAUAUUGGACGAAGAACCAACGCAUGGUGAUAUUGAACUUAACAUAAAAGGAAUGACCUGCAGCUCAUGUGUGCAUCUGAUAGAAUCAACUAUUAUAAAAACAGAAGGGGUUCAGGCAGUACAGGUUGCACUAACCACAGAGAAGGGAAAAAUCAAGUUUGAUCCUGAUAUAUUAGGUGUUAGGGACAUAAUUAAGGCAAUAGAAGAUCUUGGAUUUGACGUCUCCAUCGUUAAAAGGGGAGAAGAACGAGGAUUUCCAGAUCACAAGGAUGAGAUUUUAAAAUGGAGGAAUUCCUUCCUUGUUUCUCUUGUGUUUGGUCUUCCAUGCAUGAUAGUGAUGUUGUACUACAUGAUUGCUAUGCCUAUGGAUUCCUGCUGUGUAUUGCCAGGCCUUUCUCUGGAGAAUAUUCUACUUUUUCUUCUGUCAACUCCUGUCCAGUUCAUUGGAGGACGACAUUUUUAUAUACAGGCCUGGGCAGCAAUGAAGCAUGGUAACACCAACAUGGAUGUACUUGUUGUUCUGGCAACAACAAUAUCAUACCUUUACAGCUGUGCUGUUGUUCUUGCAUCUAUGAUCAUGCAGGACCACACAAGUCCCAUGACCUUCUUCGACACACCACCGAUGCUGAUGGUCUUUAUCUCACUGGGUAGAUGGUUGGAACAUAUUGCAAAGUCUAAAACAAGUGAUGCACUUGCCAAACUACUUUCUUUACAGGCCACUGAGGCUGUUAUUGUGGAGCUUGGUGAAGAUGGACAAAUUGUUUGUGAGAAGCAAAUUAGUGUAGAUUUGGUACACAAAGGGGAUAUUUUGAAGGUUGUUCCUGGUACCAAGAUUCCUGUGGAUGGCAGGGUUGUUUCUGGAGAUUCAUUAUGCGAUGAAUCACUUAUAACUGGAGAAAGCAUGCCUGUUAGGAAAGAGAUUGAUUCGAUGGUAAUCGGUGGUUCUAUAAAUCAAAAUGGUUCCCUACUUAUUAAAGCAACUCAUGUUGGGGAUGAAACAGCCUUAAGUCAGAUUGUGAAGUUGGUUGAGGAAGCCCAGACUAGCAAGGCUCCAAUCCAGCAGUUAGCGGAUACUAUUGCUGGAUACUUUGUACCUAUUGUAGUAUCAGUCAGCUUGGUAACACUGACCUGCUGGCUGGUAGUUGGCUACGUGAGGCCGGGUUCUCUGCCAGUUUCUGACAUGGAACGUAAUAUGUACAGCGCUCAAGAACUGGUUUGGCAAUUUGCUUUCAGAAUGGCUCUGACAGUAUUGGCAAUAGCAUGUCCCUGUGCGCUUGGUCUAGCUACUCCUACUGCUGUGAUGGUUGGGACUGGGGUUGGGGCCAUUAAUGGAAUUCUAAUCAAAGGUGCAGAACCACUGGAGAAUGCCCACAAAGUAAAAACUGUCGUCUUCGAUAAAACAGGAACCAUUACCUACGGUGUUCCAAUGGUGGCCAGAAUUGUAUUAGUGAAGGAGCUAUGCAUAGACCUAGCAGAAUCGUUUGCUACUUUGUUAGCAGCCAUUGGAACUGCUGAGAGCUCAAGCGAGCAUCCUUUGGGGACAGCUAUUGUCAAAUAUGUUCAAAAGGUAUUUGGGAAGGAGAUGUUAGGAAAAGCAAAUGAGUUUCAAUCUGUUCCAGGGUGCGGACUCAAGGUUCGAAUAUCUCAUAUAUCUGGAAUUCUCGAUAUUGCCAGAAAUUCCAAGAUAUUACAAGAAUAUGCUUCAUCCAGAACACGAGGAUUUGAUAAGCAGUUUACAAUAGCAGAUACAGAAAUUGAUGUCAGUUUGGUAAAAGAGUCUGAUUUGUCAAGUCGAGGUUUAGAGGCUGAAAAAACGGAUCCAAUUGUCUUUAUCGGGAAUCGUGAAUGGAUGAGAAGAAAUGGUAUCGAAGUUGAGAUUUCAGUGGAGAAGAAAAUGUUCAGAGAAGAGGAAUAUGGACGAACUGCAGGAACAAUUUAUACACUGAAACAGCAGGGAUUAGAGGUCAUUCUUUUAACAGGAGAUAACAAACACACUGCCAGAGCAAUAGCAGAGCAAGCUGGAAUAUCAAAAGUAUACGCUGAAGUUCUUCCCAGCCAUAAAGUUGCAAAAAUCCGUAAACUUCAAGCAGGGGGCCAUAAGGUUGCAAUGGUUGGAGAUGGUGUAAAUGAUUCUCCUGCUCUUGCUCAAGCUGAUAUUGGGAUUGCAAUUGGUAGUGGUACUGAUGUUGCUGUUGAGGCGGCGGAUGUUGUUCUCAUAAGAAAUGACCUUCUCGAUGUGGUGGCUUGUCUUGAUCUAUCAAAGAAAACAGUUCACAGAAUCUGGUUAAACUUUGUGUUUGCUAUUGUUUACAAUCUGGUUGGGAUACCAAUAGCUGCUGGAGUAUUCUCACCAAUUGGAUUAAAGAUGCAGCCAUGGAUGGGUUCCGCUGCAAUGGCGCUUUCAAGUGUUAGUGUCGUCUGUUCUUCACUUCUUCUUAAACUAUACAGAAAACCUGGUCGGGAGCAGCUGGAAACAGCUGAAUAUCUUUUAGCAGUUAAAUCUAGGAAAUCUGCGCAUGCGCAGUUGAGCUUAGACGAUGUAAAAGUUGAUGCCCUUGAUUCAUUUUCUGCGGCCAUAGCUACGAUGAAAUCUAAAAGAGAUCUUCACUUUAAAAAGUCUGGACUGGAGUUGGCAAGAAAAUCUUCGAAGAAAACUUUUGUACAUUCUUGAUAAACAUUAAAGUGUACACUAUUUACAGUCAUAACCAGAAGACUUUGAAAAGGGAAGACGACCUUUAAAAUAAAGUUUUAAUUAUAAAAAUUCCAAUAAG